CUCAAUUGCCUAUCACGCAAGAAAGCAAUGUGAAGGAGCUGAUAGCGAUAGGCACAUUACCUAGUGGGUGUCUGGGUAGACCAGCCGAUGUGUUAACUUGACUCGUGACAGUUAAGUUUGAGUAACAUGACGUAUAUAUGUCUUAGUCACAGGUGGCUCUGCUGCAAAAUCGAGAGAAGAUGAAUAGAGAGGUGAAUGAUGCUACGGGGGAGCGCGCGCACUUCAGCUCGCGCUGGGCCAUCAUCUUGUCGUGCCUCGGCACUGUCAUCGGCACUGGCAACAUCUGGCGCUUCUCCCGUGUGGUGGCCAACAAUAGCCAGAACGAAGGAGGCCUGGUGUUCCUGGUGGUAUGGCUGCUGUUCCUCUUCAUCUGGUCCAUCCCCAUGCUGAUGGUGGAGUACGGUACUGGACGGUACACUCAGCGGUCGGUGAUCAAGUCCUUCAGUCAACUGACUUCACCCCACUUCACCUGGUGCGGCGCCUGGGUCUGUCUCGUCGGCUUCAUGAUCUCGUGCUACUACUCCGUGGUGCUGGGCUGGUGUUUCUACUACUUUGUGUAUCACUGCGCCAACCCUCUGCCUACAAGUGUAGAUGAGAGCCGACAGACCUUCAAGGACUUCGCUGAGGACAGCUCAUGGCCCGUGCUGACCCAUGGUGUGGCCGUGCUGCUGGCCGGCCUGUCUGUGGUCAAGGGUGUGAAGACCAUCGAGAAGGUCAGCAUGGUGCUGGUGCCCACCCUGCUGGUCAUUAUCAUCUUUAACUUCGUCUGGUCCCUCACCCGCUCGAACGCCGACAUCGGUCUUACCUUCAUGUUCACGCCGCACUGGGAGUCAUUCGGGGACCCGCGUGUGUGGGUAGAUGCACUGAGCCAGAACGCCUUUGAUACGGGUGCCGGCAUGGGUCUCAUGAUACCCUACUCUACCUUCAUGACUCGCCACAACGGCAUAGUACGUUAUGCCACCUUCCUGCCCAUCCUUAACAACCUUGUCAGUUUGAUCUCUGCGAUGACAAUAUUCUCUGCCGUCUUCUCCAUCCUUCUGAGCACCAUGUCGUGGAUGACCCAGGACCAGAUCGUGGACAUCCUGAGUGACAGUGGACCAGGCAGCACCGGGCUGACUUUCAUUUGGAUUCCAGUUCUGUUUGAGACUAUUGGAACGUUUGGUCGUGUCAUGGCCGUGUUCUUCUUCUUGUGCCUGUCUUUCGCUGGGCUUACCUCUCUGAUUUCUAACUUGGAGCUGCUCUGUCUCACAAUAGACGAUUUUGGCAUCUCGAGGAAAUGGAGCGUCCCCAUCACCACAGCAGCCGUGUUUCUGGGCGGACUGAUGUCAGCAAUGAACAUCAAUAUUUUAACCAAUCAGGACUUCGUGUGGGCCUUUGCCUUGGUAGUCAAUGGCCUGAUGCUGCAAGGGAUGGUGAUCUACUACGGUGUCAGGAAUUUCAGGACAGUUAUGGUCAACGACUUCGGCAUAGGCGACUGGCAUCUUCCCAAAAUAUGGGAAUAUAUAGUCAAGUUCUUAGCGCCGGUGGAAGCAGUGGCACUGAUAGGGUGGUGGGCGGUAGACCUUAUAUCGGACGAGACGGCACCAGGAGAAGACAAGUGGUAUGAGUUUGGCCGCGAAACCUUCAUGGUCACCAUCGUACAGUGGCUAGGUCUGCUGGUAUUAGUAAUAACCGUCAACACGAUCAUUCUCGUCAUGAGGCGUCGUCGCGACCAGACAGAGAAAAUGCCGCUCCUGUGGGCUGCUCACGAGACCCCCACCGAGAAUCUGAGCAGCAGUUCCAGGAAGUCCAUCGAGGUGCUUCUCUGAAUGAUCCUGGGCAACAGUUCCAGAACGUCUCUCGACUCGUUUCUCUGAGAAAAACUCUAAUGCACAGACCAAGCUGAUCAUCAACUGGGCAAGUCAUUACCAGACCGACAGCCCAGCCUCUCGCGUUCUUACCUAGAAAACUACAAUAAUAUACCCAUGCAGUGGCCUUCUUGCACUGCUUGCUGAAAAACAGCUGAAGACAGUUCUACUUACCAAUUUUUAAUUAUUCAGACUGGCAGAUUUGUUGGUGUUAAAAAAUACAUGUUUUAUUUGUUUGAAGACAUGUUCAUUUUUAUUUACAUUAUAUUGUGUAUUGCUGCAAACUUACAGUUUUAACCUCAUUCGAACGACUUGUCU